AACUGGUGUCAAAGAUCACCUUUGUAUAACAAGGCAUUAAGUUAAUGUCUUCCACACAAUCAUGCCCCAGCACAAAUGAUAACCAGAAAUGAACCAUGAAAAGUGACAACUUCAAAGCAAGAAUCAAAAAGAAACUCUCAUAAUGUGGCUAAGAAAUUCCUUUGAUCCUUAGACAUAAUACAGACAUUUGAAACCAAACGGAAAUGAAUAAAUAAAUAAAAUUGUGUUCAAAUAAUAAUUGCCUAUGACAGAAUUCUUUAAGGCUUCAAAAAACAACUCUUCAUAAGCCUCAUUCACAUGUCAUAAACAUUGCUCAACUUGUGGCGAAUGUCCUUAAACCAUUUACAGGUGUUACUGUGUGUAUGUGUGUAGGUGUGUGUGUGUGUGUAUAUGCCCCGCAACCAUACUUUGUUGUCUUUGUUAGAGUUAUGCUCAAAGUGAAUAUCGUGCGCGUUAUAAUUUACAUUGCGGAAGUGUUGCCAUAUUAAGGCAUUUCAAUACACCACCACCUAUCCUCUCAACACCCUGCCGACUCCCCUUUGAUUGUGUAAUAAAAAGUGAAAAACAGAAACCAAACUAAAACAAGCAACAGUGGUAACCGCAAGCAACAAUUACUGCAACAUCAACAGCCAUACCUCAGGUGCUUUCGCAAUGAAAGCCAACAUUGCCAUCAUUACUGCCGCAAUCAAGCGCCGCAACAUGUCCGUGGCCGUUCAAAUUGUCCUCAUAGUCAGCUGCAUAAUUUUCCUUUUAACCAUUUCGGUAUCGGCCUCACCAGAAAUUCCCUCGAAAGGCAAACAUUCGCACUCAAAUGACAAAUCCCAUACAUCGCUUGAAGAUAUCGAUAUGCCCCGCUUUGCUGAACCCGUUGCCAAUGUAACAGUAUCCCUGGGAAGAGAUGCACUGCUGGCAUGUGUCGUGGAAAAUCUUAAAAAUUAUAAGGUUGCUUGGGUUCGUGUGGACACCCAAACCAUUCUCUCCAUUCAUCACAAUGUCAUCAUACAAAACAAUCGCAUUAGUCUGACUUACAAUGACCAUCGUUCAUGGUAUCUCCACAUCAAGGAGGUGGACGAAAGUGACCGUGGCUGGUAUAUGUGUCAAGUGAAUACGGACCCAAUGCGUUCUCGCAAAGGUUACCUGCAAGUUGUGGUACCUCCCAUGAUUGUUGAGGGCAUGACUAGCCAUGAUGUGGUGGCAAGAGAAGGCCUCAAUGUCACAUUGACUUGUAAGGCUAAAGGGUAUCCGGAGCCUUAUGUUAUGUGGCGGCGGGAAGAUGGUGAAGAAAUGCUCAUUGGUGGAGAACAUGUGAAUGUGGUUGAUGGUGAACAUUUGCACAUCACCAAAGUGAGUCGCUUGCACAUGGCCGCCUAUUUGUGUGUCGCCUCUAAUGGAGUACCACCAUCCAUUAGCAAACGGGUCAACUUGAGAGUUCAGUUUCCUCCCAUGCUUUCAAUACCCAAUCAAUUGGAAGGAGCCUACAUAGGACAGGAUGUUACACUGGAGUGCCACACAGAAGCAUAUCCGGCUUCCAUUAACUAUUGGACCACGGAAAGAGGCGAUAUGAUUAUUUCGGAUACUUCACGUGCCGGUGACAAAUAUGAGACAGCAUCCCUCGUCAAUGGCUAUAUGAAGCAUAUGAAACUGAAAAUCCGUAAUGUUGGAGCGAAUGAUUUUGGUACCUAUCGAUGCGUGGCAAAAAACUCAUUGGGCGAAACUGAUGGCAAUAUAAAAUUGGAUGAAAUGCCAGCUCCAACCACAGCAAUCUUAUCGGAAAUGGCCAUGUUAAAUCGAAGUUUUGAUGGCAAGCGCCGCAAUAAAAAUAAAUUAGACUCAAAUUCGUUGCCGGACUAUGGUGUCGAAGAGUGGCGUGAUGGUGCCGGAAAUUCCGGUGAUAACAAUCAGUCGCCAAUGCGUAAUCCACCCGAUGCCUUUCACAAUUCGGCAGGGGCAUUGGCACAGCAUAAUCCACUUGCCAUAAUAAUUCAAGCGAUUAAAACGCAAUCAUGUGGGAUUUUCAAGCGUUUAACGAAUUUAAUUCAAACGCUAAAAACAGCAAGGGCUAAUGCGGCAACACCAACGACGACAACAACGAUAAAGGCAACAACCAAAGUCAAAGGCAGCCAAGCGAUAGCAGGAACACGAACAGCAACAGACGAUAAAACGCUGUUGAAAUCAGACACAGCGUUCUGCCCAAUUGGGCCAAGGAAAGGUGUAUCAACAGCAGCGGAGGCAGCAACAGCGGCAUCAUCGUCAAAGCUUACCCCCAUAAAGUUAAGGACACACCAGGAGUACGUGAAAGGCAUACAAAGGGACUUCCUACCAUAUUGGGGCACAAUGGUGCGUCUACUUGCAGGGCUAUGUCGUCGGUGGGAGAUGAUAAAAUCGGCACUUCCUUGUGGGGAAUCAUCGUCGCCGUUGCCGCCAAUACUACAGCAACAAUAUCACGAGCACCAAGAGCCCCAUUAUGCGCAACAUAAGGAUGCGAUGCGUAAAAAUCUUAUUAUGGAAAAUGAAUUGAAAAUGUACCAUGACAAGGAAACGUCAUCAGAGACAUAUGUCGAUGAUGAAGAAGAAACCCAAGACGAAGGAGCAAUUGCAGAAAGUCCCUGCCAGGACUUUGCCAUCAUUUACAGGAAGCCGCAGUGUCUGAGGUGCGAUAAGAAACUACUGGUGACAAUGUUAAAGACAAUGCCUGACGGCAGAGAGGAAACGCAAAAUCUUACACUUAUCGACAAAGUCAAUGGAAUAGACACAAAAAGGCUGAAGGAUGCUGAGGAUGCUCAAGCCAGUGAAGAAAACAAUUGCAUAAAACUUAUCAUGGCAGUUGUUGUUGUAAAUUUAAUUUUCCAUCUAAAUUCUCAAGAAAAGCAGAAAAGAAAUCAAAACAUCACCUACUAUCCGAGGGCAAAGGAUAUGAAAUCCAAGCCCAACAAGGCCCUCCAGGGACAAAGGGAAUUUAUUCGGCCUCUAAACACCUGGAGAUGCAUAUUGCCCUCAGCCACACUGCUCUCAAAGCUGCUCAAUUUAUAUUCAAAAUGCAAAUUAGCCACCGUAGCAACAACAGCAGCCACCAGGAUUAUUUUAGUUCUAUGGUCCAGAACACAAACAUUGUUAAGCUUUUGCACCAGACUAUUGUGGUCAUCUCUAAUAGCAACUAAUUUAAAGGCAACUACACUCAACUCAUUAUCAACAGGGGGAGCAACAGCAUUAAGGGAAGCCGGCCCAUCAAUGACCUCAUCAUCACCCUGGCCCACUUUGAGGUUUAAUUAUAGAUGAAAUGCCUACGAUUAGGAGGCCACCAACAAUGGCUCUCCCCUGAAUGCCAUAUUCAAAGCACAAAUUAGAUACAUAGAAAUUUGAUUUUAAGACGAAACACAUAAACACUCAAACAUGGAGAAAAAGUUCAUGGAGAUUUGUAUCAAAAUAUGAACAAAAAAUUGUACAACCUGAAAAUA